AUUCGUGUCCCUAGAAACUGAUAUAAACUCCAAUUAGAAAUAGUCAUGGCCAUGGAAAAGGAACCUUUUUCAGAAUUGACCAUUGCUGAUUCAAUAGCCAUCAAAGUAUUGCCAGGAGGUGCAAUACUUACUGGUGUGGGAAAUGAAUUACAUCUUUAUGCACCUAAAGUCGGACGUCGCAUGCUUUCGCAGAGGUUGCGCGCUAAAGUACAUGGUAUCGCCAAUGCACAGCUAAACACCACAUGCUCCCAACACGGAAGGCUAAUUGUAUACGGUGAAAAGGAGUGUAUGUUAUUACAAUAUGUAUAUGUGAAAGAGGAGUACAAUUUUUCAGAACUUUAUCAUUUCCAUCUUACUGAUUGGAUAAGCUCGGCUAGUUUCUUGCAAGACCCCAAUGAAUUUAUCCUUCUUACGUCGCAUAGUGUAGCCCUACGCAUUUUGUACAAUGAGAAUGACGAAAAGAGAAAUUUCUGUCGAGUUAUAGCGAAAUCAUCUGCUGAGGAUAAAUCAACUCUUUAUUGUACUCAUAUUCACGGACAGACUUGGGAGGAACUGGUAAUUUUUGGAGGGACCGCAUUUGGGGAGCUUCUCAUAUGGAAACCAUUUGUUGAAGGGGAUGCUUCACGUAAUGAUAGCUGUACUGUAUUUGAUGUGGGAUUAAAGCGACGACAACAAGCACAUAGUGGUGUUGUUUUCUCUAUUGACUUUGAUGUUACAUCUGGUAUACUCACUACGACAUCAGAUGAUCGAUCAAUACGAUUCUGGAAAUUACAGAAUACAUCUCCGGAUAAUUGGAAUGGAUUCAACCUCACGGCAAUAGCUAGCGGUUAUGGUCAUGUUGCUCGCGUAUUCCAAGGAAAAAUUAUAAAUUUUUAUGAGCAACAGUUUGGCGUGACUGUAGGGGAGGAUUCCUAUGUUUGUGUUUGGAAAACUAAUGGUGAGUUAGUGUUCAAAACUCGAGUCCAAUUCGGUGCAGUGAUUUGGGACUUCGAAUAUGACAAAAACACGAACACGCUCUAUACUGUCGGUUCCACCGGAAAUUUAGUGGCGUUUAAUCUUAACGAUGUUUUAAAAAACAAAGCAGACAUGUCUGCUGCUGAAACAGUAUUGACUGGCUGCGAGCCAAAAGAAUAUAUAGCCAAAGCGAAAUUUUUCGACGUUAAUAUGCUUAUCGGUGUAACAAACAAUAGUCGCCUCAUGCACACAUCCCUUAAAUUGAAAACGGAGACAAAUGAACUUGAAUCCCAGCCGUGGAAAGUGGUUGACGUGCCGAAUUCAUUUAAGUGUACUGUGCUUGAAGUACAUGAUAACUAUAUAGCGAUUUGCGGCUACAAAAAGCUCAUAAUGUAUAAAUAUGCUGGAGAAGGCACAUUCCAAAAAAUAUUUGAUGGUGAUAUCAUGCACGGGGUUAUACGUGCGUUUCAUUUCUUAGGCAAUUGUACAUUUUUAAUUUCUGACGAUGAAGGCAACUGUUUAUUACUGGAAGGCGAAAGUUUUCAGCAUCCGAUUGCUGUGCCCCUGCCACAUUGCAAGGAACCUUGGACUACGGCAGCGUUGCGCAUUCAAACACUAAAGAGAAAAGAAUUCCUAAUAAUUAGUAAUCGCAUGGGAAAUAUAUUACUGUUCAGUCUGGACGUUGCAACUGCCAUUUGUUCGCUCCUUGACACUCUCCGUCAGCCACAUGGCGCAUUGGGCGCAACAAUGCUUCGCGUUCAAGACCUGUAUGAGGAACUAGUUUUUAUACAAAGCGCUGGUCACGAUGGCUCUUUGCGAUUACUAUGCGUUGAAAUCGGAACUGGCACAAUCGCUUCACACCAACGUAUGCUAGUACCAGUGGCUUGGGUAGAGCGUUUUAUUGCCAUCGAAACCUUAGAUUUUAUUCUAGGAUUUAACGAUAAUCAUUUUGUCGUGUGGUCUCAACAUCACGACUUUUCGGUACAAGUACCGUGUGGUGGCGGACAUCGCAGUUGGCAUUACCAAAUUAAAUCAGAUAUUGAUAAUACAAGAUUUUUGCAGCUGCUCUUCAUAAAAAAUAAAAAAUUGCGACUGCAUGAGUAUAAAUUAUAUAAUGAUCCUGCAAUAAGUCAGAAAUUAUUUCGAAAUCAGUGGCAUACACGUUCAUGUAACGCAUUGCAGUUGAUUAAAGCAUCCAGCCAUAAUGUAGGGCUUACGGUUCUUGUAAGCUGCGGCGACGAUAACAUGGUAAAGGUAUCCAAACUAAUGCCUGGAGGACGCCUAGAGCAAAGCGCGGAAAUUCAAACACACAUUUCCAACGUGAGAGCAUUGCAAGUAAUACCAAUGCACUCGGAUAUUGCCUUAAUUGUUUCGGGCGGCGGACGCGCGCAAUUGUGCAUAACGCAAUUAAAUUUGAAAACCUUUCGUAUCAAAGACCUUUUAAAUUACACUCUAAAUAGGAGUGGGCUAAUCAAAGGAUUAGUAAAGUGCUAUCGACCAGAUCCAGAGACACGCAUAAUGGCAUGCGCCGUUGUCGAAGCAAAUAAAAACAAUUCAAGUAUUGAUACUGGUUACGCUAUAUUUCUGGGUUGCUCUGAUGGUUACUUACGCAAAGUCCUUGUUGACGGCUCCUUUGGAGUAGUCUCUGAGGUUUUCUUAUAUUAUGGCCACUGUUUGCUUCAAAUGCGAGCGUUCGCAAACUCUGUAGUGGUAACCGCGGGUACAGAUGGAAAUCUACGAUUCUUCGAUUUAGAAUUGAUUGAGUUACCCAUUAAUUUGCAACAUCAUGACAGUGGAAUAAAUGCUAUGGACAUACAGUUUGAACCAAAAACUGGUGUACUGCAUUUGCUUACCGGCGGUGAUGACCAGUCUGUUUCCUAUACCUCCUUAAAUUUGGAAGACUCUAAAAAAUUGCGUGUUAUAAAUAAAUAUCACUUCGCUAAUGCCCAUUUGGCGCAAGUGACCGCAGUUAAACUUUUUUUUAAUGGCAACAAAAUUUACGCGUACACUUGUGGCUUGGACCAAAUAAUUAAUAUGGUUGACAUACAAACUCAGCGGAUUGAACUGAUUGGACAUACGUGUAUAUCGGACCCGAAAGGUCUGGUUUUAGAUAAUUGUAAACGUUUCUUUGUUUAUGGGUGUGGAAUUCAAGUACUCAAGUUCAAGAGGUAAUAAAUAAAAGAGACAUUUUAAUAAUAGUGAUGACAAAAAAGGUUUUAUGUUACAUCUGCUAUAUUUUUUUGUUGCGAUUGAACAUGCUUUGAAAAAAAAACAUUCUGAGAAUGCAGAAUCUCCCAUUAUGCAGAAUAGUUUCUAGGCAGAGAGUUAAAUAUGUACUUUACAUUACGUAAAUUGGGUCAAUGUCCCCGAACUCUUAAUCUCGUUGUUCCAAAAACUCUUAACUUGGUUUCGGAACGCAUGUUCUUUGUCAGCACCAUAAAAUUUGGAGCUCCCUACCGUCUGACAUUAAAAAUAUAAAGCAAGCAAGGUGUUUUAAAAUUGCAGUCUCUACGUUUAACUUCUCAGCUUCUCUUUGAUAUUCAACUAAGUUAAGUACUUACUCUUGUUUAUAAUGCACUAUGAUUCUUUUGCUUAAAAUAGUAUCUAAUAAUAAGUUUAAGUUCAGUUAGUUUGUAAGUAGCUUGUUCAGAAGGAAUAUUGUAAAAGAAGAUGUACUACUAAAAGACUUAGACUUAUUUUGUACAAAAGUUGUAUAACUAAAUUUAAAAAAAAAAAAUGCCAAUUAAAAAAAAAGAAAAUGUAAGCUGAAAAAUGGUGCAGCUUAAAAUACACGGAUUUCAGUAUUUUUCCAAAUGCGAUGUAAAUUUUAGUGCUCGGCUAAAGUAUUGAGAAAGCUCAGUUCGACUUAUGGAUAUAAGGAGUCCAUUGUCUUCUUCGAUUUCGGGCAACACAAUUAUGGUGAGCCCUUAUAUCAAGUGAUGAUGAUCAUCACUAGAAGACGUUCUACUUCCUUUUUGUAGUAUACACAAACAAUUCCAGCUAUUUAAAUAUUGAUCGGUUAAUUAUUUGAUGAGCACCCGAUUGUCAAAUUUUUGUUCCUUGAACGCUUAUUGUACAUAGGCAGAGUCAGCAAAAUUUUUCGCGUAGAACGUGAUGGUCUUUCAUAAAAAGUAACACUGCCGCAUUAAUUGCAGCUCGAAUCCACCCUUCAUCAAAUUAAUCAAACUUCCAAAAAUGUACAAAUAGUUCAAACUUUUUAUCAAAAAUUUUUAUAAAUUUUUCGAUUAUGCAGUUACGUCAUUCAAUUUUAGCGAAACAAAGUUCGGGUUUCAAGUCACUUGCAUAUA